GCUACGGCGAGUCUCAAGAGCCCUAAUUAAGUUAAAUUUUUUCCGAUAUACGAUUCGCCGGCGAAAAAGAGGAAACGAUGAAGAAGACUCCGGCGAGAUCGAACGAAGCUGGUAAAUCUCAGAAACCUCCAUUCAGACCUGCCGUAGAUGACACCAAACCUGUUCUUCAGGACCCAAUUCUGAGAUCGGAUCCAAUGGAGACAGAAGAAGCUGUGCUUAGAUUGCCUCCUUUCCCAGUGAUCAGGCCAUCUGAAUCGUAGCUUCCCGCGGAUUAACUAGGUUUUUUUUUUUUUAUCACAUCUGUUGACUGUUUUGACAUUUUCAGUUUGUUGGUGAUUGUGAAUGGGUGUUGAUGCCUGCUUGAUAAGUUUCAUAUACCUAUCUCAGAUAGGCUAUCUGUAGACACACACCCACAGUAAAUUUCAAAUAGAAGUAUCAAAGCAUUCAUUGUCUCGUACAUCACCUAUAUUGUUGUUUCUUUUUUUUUGUUUUUGUUUUGAAUAUUUUUGAUAAUACUGUCGUUGUUAGUCUUGAUUCAGCUUGAUAUACAAAAGAGAACCACCGUUUCUACUACA